AUUGAAAUUUGAAAGUAAAAACCAUUAAAUAAAUUAAUCAGAAAUGAAUAACGAUAUUGAUAUUCGAAGUAAAACAAGAUAAGAGAAUAAUUGAACAAACAAAAGUUUAUGACAGAAUAAGUAUGAAUGAACCGACACCAGAAGCCUUGCAGAGAAAAUUAUAUUUUCUUCUCGAACAACUACAAGACAUGGCCAGAGAACUACCACCCAAGUACCAAAUGAGAGUACCUAUAGAAUUGUUAUCAGGACUAGCUAAUUGUCUCUUAAAUGAUACUGUUUUUGAAAUAGUUAAAGGUCUUAUGGAAAUUCAGCAUGUCACUGAAAAACAUUUAUUUCAACAACGAUUGCAAAUUAUCAACAAACACACAUCAGAAAUUGAAAGUUUGGUCAACUCAUCACUAACUCCUGAAGAAAAAGAAGACCAGAGACAUAUUCUGUUGAAAAGACAUAAAGAAGAACUUAAACUGACAGACAUGAAAUUAGUUAUACAAUUAGAUCAAAAGGUUAGUGAUCAACAAGAUACAUUGGAAAAAGCUGGAGUGCCAGGAUUUUUUGUCACUACCAAACCAAUAGAAAUCAAAGUUCAAAUGUACUUACUUGAUUUUAUUUUAAGAUUAAGUAAGAUGUAUAUACCUCAAGACUUACAAUAAAAACAAGAUAAUUAUGUGUUUUAACAA